AUGCCUGUGCAGUCGGCCCGUGGUAGAGGCCGUAGACCGGGAAGCUCUGGUACGACUAUGGGCAUGGCUGUGGUCUUCAAGGUUGGGGUGCAAGGCGAGUGCAAUGAGACGGCAGUUGGGUAUGCGGAGAUCGGGUUGCUGUCGUGGGAGUGCGAGUGGAUGCUCAUACUGUCGGAGAUCUUCUCGUCAACGCAGCGAGCGCAACGAACUCUUCCACACUGGAUGCAGGAGUCGUAG